CUCUCUCUCUCUCUCUCUCUCUCGCUCGGAGGGUCUAUCGAAUCACAGAAAACGCCUUUUAUUUCUUUGGAUUUUGGGUGUUUUCCUGCUCGAUCCGUGAGACGAAGCGCCGCGAAGCAAUUCUAUAGUUCUAUUCCCGAAUACUUCCUUCUAGCUCGCUGCGCUGUGGGAAGAGGGUCGGAGGAAUGGACGGAGGAUCGGCGGGCCACUACAACCCCCGGACGGUGGAGGAGGUGUUCCGCGACUUCAAGGGUCGGAGGGCCGCCAUGAUCAAGGCCCUCACCACCGAUGUGGAGGAUUUCUACCAGCAGUGCGACCCCGAAAAAGAAAAUUUAUGCCUUUAUGGAUUUCCGAAUGAGCGCUGGGAAGUUAACCUGCCAGCAGAAGAGGUGCCCCCAGAACUUCCUGAACCUGCUUUAGGCAUUAACUUUGCAAGAGAUGGAAUGCAAGAAAAGGACUGGCUAUCCUUGGUUGCAGUACACAGUGAUGCUUGGAUACUUUCUGUUGCAUUUUAUUUUGGUGCUAGAUUUGGAUUUGACAAAGUUGAAAGGAAGCGCCUCUUUGGUAUGAUUAAUGAUCUGCCGACCAUUUUUGAAGUUGUUAAUGGCAAGAACAAGGUCAGGACAAGUGAAACCAACCAUAGCAACAACAAAUCCAAGUCAAACACUAAAGUGCGGGUGUCAGACUCCCACCCAAAGUAUUUAAAGGGACAACCAAAAGAAGAGGACGAUGAACUAGACGAGGACGACGAAGAGGAGCAUGGAGACACGCUGUGCGGGGCAUGCGGGGACAAUUAUGCAUCAGAUGAAUUUUGGAUUUGCUGUGAUAUCUGCGAGACAUGGUUUCAUGGCAAGUGUGUGAAAAUUACCCCAGCUAGAGCUGAGCACAUCAAGCAGUACAAGUGCCCAUCAUGCAGCAACAAGCGACCACGCCCAUCCUGAAAGCUUUACCGCCUAUCAUUUUGGUGGUCCCUGUUAUGCACACCAUGUCUAUAUUCCUCCAACUUACAAGUAUGUUCCUUGCAUCUGUAUGUGACGAAUGCAAGUAUCCUUUUGUUUAGCGCAUCGACAUUGGUUCAUCAUGCAAAUUUGGCUGACUGUAGAAUUACCACGACCUUGAUGUUCCAAACCGAAACUAGGGUAGAAACUGUCCGACAUCGGUACUCUUUUAAUUAAUGCUGGCCUUUGUAUAUCUUGAAAAGUUACGGUGAGUACUUUGGUCUCCCAUGAUGUGAAUGGUAUUACUUACAGUUCUAUCA